AUGGGAUCUUGUGCACUCAAAUAGCAGCAUAUUUAAUAGAAUAUGAUUGUUGCAAAAUAAUUCUUUUGUGAUGAAUAAAAUGAAGAAACUCAAAAUAUUUCUUAACCACCAAUAAUUGUAAAUAAUGAGAAUAUCAGAUUACAUACUGCUUCCGAAUAAUGUGAUAUUUAGAAUAAAAUACAAAAUUUACAAGUUACAAAAUUGUAACCAUCAAUAUUUCAGUCUAAAAAACCUAUAACUUUGCACAGUAAAGAUCGUCUAGAAAUUUAGAUCAAUUUAUAAUUAUCAGGAUAUGGCAUAAUUUCAUUUGAUGAUGGCAGCCAUUAUGAAGGUUACUACAAAGAAGGAUUAAUUCAUGGCUUUGGCAGAUUUACAGAUAUUGAUAAUAACAUUUAUAUUGGUGAAUGGUUUAAAAAUAAAAAACAAGGCUUUGGAAAAGAAUUAGUAAAAAGUAUCUUUAUACACUAUUAUAGAUCAUUAUAAAUAUCAAGGAUAAUUUGUUAAUAAUUUAAAGCACGGUUAAGGUUAUGUUCAAUAUCAUGAUGGCACUAGUUAUGAAGGCUAAUUUGAAAAUAAUAUUUUGAAAGGAUAUGGUGUUUAUCGAGGGCUUAAUGGCUUAAGAUAUGAAGGUUUUUGGGUAGAUAAUUAAAUGGAAGGUUUAGGAAAGUUAACGCUUUCCAAUAAAUCAGUUUAUGAAGGAUCUUUUAAAUAAAACAAAAAGCAUGGAUUUGGAGUGUACACUUGGAAUGAUGGAAAAUAAUACAAAGGAUAAUGGAAGGAUGAUGCUCAAGAUGGUGAAGGAGAAUUAAUUAGAUUGGAUGGCUAACAUAUUCAAAUUAAAUAUUAAAAUGGUAAACGAAUAACAUCCAAUCUAAAAAUACAAAGUCCAAUCAGUCUUGAUUGAAUUUUAUUCUUAGCAGAAC